CUUCAUUAUUUUUUCUCUUUUUUUUACUUAAAAGAAGAACAAUACCUUAUAUUUAAAAAUGAAAGUCUCGACAUUGUUUUUAGUGGCAAUUUCCUGCAUUGCUGUAUCUUACGCUCUGGAUUGUCCGGAUUGUGAUAAAUCUAAAUGUUCUCCUCACGGUGUUUGUCGAGUUGGAGUAGUAACGGACGUUUGCGGAUGUUGUGACGUUUGUGCUAAGAACGUUGGAGAAGAAUGUGGAGGUCCUUGGAACGUUUUCGGUCUAUGCGGUUCUAAACUGGUAUGCUUUAAGAAGCCACCUCCACCGGAUGUGAAAGACCACGUGACUUGGUACUUCAACCAGAAAGGGCGAUGCGUUACGUUUCUUUCCUUCUAAACGCAAAAAUUCUGUAAUUAUAAAUAUCAGAAAGAAUAAACGAAAAGUCUAAUUAAAA